AUUUGAAAUAAGGGACGGGGGAGGGGUGAAAUAUAAUCAACAUGCAAAUGCAUGUAAAAUGGAAUGAGUAUUUGAGCAAAAGUGUCCAAGGCACGCUGUUUUUGUAUAGGGGUACACUAAAGUUCACCAGUACUAGAGAGGGACCCUUUCUCCCGCUGUAAUAAACAUUAUCAGCGGCCUAGAGCGGAAGGAUGUCACGGCUGCACUUAAAAGAAAUAUUUUACGCCUGUUUUUGAACGAAGGGCUUGCUACUUUCGUGAUCAUGUUGUUCCCGCUGUGUGUCUUCACGAGCUUUUUGAUGCUAGAGAGCAGAAUAGUGGAUGGAUUGAAAUGUCUGAAAUGCAACAGCAUUACGCAUGGUCCUCGGUGCGGGUCUGACGCCAUGUCGCUGACGGACAACUCGUCAUUGGUGGAGAGAUGUCAUGGUACAUGUAGAGUCAGCAAAAUUAAGUCAGCCAAUGGAAGGGAAGUCCAUCUGCGUGACUGUGCAAAUGCAAAGGGAACCGGGUGUGCAUUGAGGAAUUUCCCGUCGUCUGAUGGAAAAAGAAAAUCACUUCCGGGUCAACUGUGCCAAUGUGACCGUGACUUUUGUAACGUGGACUUCACUUUCAGUAAAGAGAACCGACCGCCGGUAACACUUCACCUCCAGGUCUCGCUCUCGGAUCAAAAUUCCACCGGAACAACAUGGCGGACAAUCUCCAUGCAGUGUCUCUUGAUCUCCACCAUUUUGUUUUCAUUGUUCAAAACGUAAAUGAUGACAUGCAUAAUACAUGGAUGCUCAUAUUCUAAUUGCAUAUUUUUCUAAAUUGAUAAAGCUUAUUACAAAGAAAACAAAUAAGAUCGUAUUACAGAUUACAAAAUCAUGUAACAGCUGUGUAGUUCGUCAGUCGCGUUGUAUUUAUUUCUGUGUUUUAAGUGGUGACUUCUGAAUGACCAGACUACACUACAAUUCAACUUGAAAUAUACUAGCAAUAAAAACAAGAUCAACAACACCUACGAAUUUAUUACCAGUACAACAAUGAUAAAUAUGCACUCCUGUAGUCUGAAAUGUAAAAGCCUAUCUUUUAGUAGAAAAAUCCUCGAAACCCAAGUAAUGUGAUUUUAUGUGAAGUAAAAUAAAAGUAGAAAUAUAAUGUGACAAAAACACAUACAUCCUCCACAAGAUUCCAGUAUAGAAAGUGGAAAGAGAAGAGAAGCUAACAAAGACAUAAAAUGAACAAUCCAAAACUGUCAUUACACACUUCUACAUCUAUUGGCCAAAAGAUAAAGAGGGCGUUACCAAAUAAAACGGGUGAAUAAUUUGAAUGGAAAUUGAAAUACAAUAAAUGAAGUGAAUCAGUUAUGUCGUAUACAUAUGUGAGUGCAAGGAACGAUAAAUCAAGAUAGAGAUUGGUAUAUUUUGUGUUUUCAUGACAGAUGUAGAAUUUGGCAAAUUUAAGAGGUAAUGUUAUACAUGUAUUAAUGAUUGCUUUUUUCAGUUGUAAAUUUGACGCUCGAAUUAAAUCUGAUAGUUUUUGAAUUUGUUAUAGAAGUAAUGAUCUUUUAUAUCUUAGUAGAUUAAACGUAUUUUUACAAAGCA